UCCGCGCGCAGGCGUGAGGCGGCGGCGCGAGGACUAAUUGUAGUUGAGAGGGCGGGUUUUUAGUCAGCUUAAAUUUCGGCAUGGCGGUUCCGGCUGCUGCUAUGGGGCCUUCGGCGCUAGGCCAGAGCGGUCCGGGCUCGAUGGCCGCUUGGUGCUCAGUGAGCAGCGGUCCGUCGCGCUAUGUGGUUGGAAUGCAGGAGCUCUUCCGGGGCCACAGUAAGACGCGCGAGUUCCCGGCGCACAGUGCCAAGGUACACUCUGUGGCAUGGAGCUGCGACGGCCGUCGCUUGGCUUCGGGAUCCUUUGACAAGACAGCCAGUGUGUUCUUGCUGGAGAAAGACCGGUUGGUCAAAGAAAACAAUUAUCGGGGACAUGGGGAUAGUGUGGACCAGCUUUGUUGGCAUCCAAGUAAUCCUGAUCUUUUUGUCACGGCAUCUGGAGAUAAAACCAUUCGCAUCUGGGAUGUGAGGACUACAAAAUGUAUUGCCACUGUGAAUACUAAAGGGGAGAACAUUAAUAUCUGCUGGAGUCCUGAUGGGCAGACCAUUGCUGUAGGCAACAAGGAUGAUGUGGUGACCUUUAUUGAUGCCAAGACGCAUCGUUCCAAAGCAGAGGAACAAUUCAAGUUUGAGGUCAAUGAAAUUUCCUGGAACAACGACAACAAUAUGUUCUUCCUGACAAAUGGCAAUGGUUGUAUCAACAUUCUCAGCUACCCGGAACUGAAGCCUGUGCAAUCCAUCAAUGCUCACCCUUCUAACUGCAUCUGCAUCAAGUUUGAUCCUAUGGGGAAGUACUUUGCUACAGGAAGUGCUGAUGCUUUGGUCAGUCUCUGGGAUGUGGAUGAGUUAGUGUGUGUGCGGUGCUUUUCCAGGCUGGAUUGGCCCGUGAGGACCCUCAGUUUUAGCCAUGAUGGGAAAAUGCUGGCAUCAGCUUCGGAGGAUCAUUUUAUUGAUAUUGCUGAAGUAGAGACAGGAGACAAGCUAUGGGAGGUGCAGUGUGAGUCCCCAACCUUCACUGUGGCCUGGCACCCCAAAAGGCCUCUGCUAGCAUUUGCCUGUGAUGACAAAGAUGGGAAAUACGACAGCAGCCGAGAAGCUGGAACUGUGAAGCUGUUUGGCCUCCCUAAUGAUCCCUGAGAGGAGGGCCUCACAGAAAUCUUACUUAGUGUAGCUUGUCUGUUCUCUUGGUCUUGUUGGGCACCCUUUAUUUGGUUUGAAGAUCUUUUGUCAGGCUGCCCUUCCAGUUUCUUUCCUUUUUUUUUUUUUUGUAAUAGCUGUUUCUGUCUGCUUUCCCCAUCCGGUUCUGGCACUUGGUAGGAUGUUCAGUGCCCUUGCAUAGCUUGUCCUCUGGGGACUCUUUUCCUCUGAUUUAGAUCUGUACUAGUCUUUGUUGUGCUUGAUGCUACUUGAAACUGUUUCUAGUUUGAAGGGAGGGUGGAAUGGGGU